AUUUUGUUGAUGUUAAAGCACUACCUCUACAGUAAGCGACACCUUUUUGAUCCCGAUGAUAUCCUUUUCGUAAACUGUGGUGACGAUGAACUAGGAAGAACGUUAGGGGUCAGCCGCUUCCAUUAUGAUGAUGUGAAAUUGUUGAUGGCCAAGCAGAUUAGACGAGAGCAGACAAGGCCUGUACAAAAUACAUUAACUCAGCAGCCCCCUGACACCACAGGUGUUGACAUUGCAAGGGCACACAGAGCAGUUCUUGAUAGUGAUACACAGAGAGCAGUUGAUGUGUGUGAUGAAAGGACUAGUAACUGUAGUGCAAUAAAUGUCAUAAAAGGAAAGAAUGAAACCAAUGGCAGAACACAGCUUCCAGGACUCAACACAUGCAUAGUUAGCAGUACCACUACUGCAGAAAGCAGUAGCAGACUUGUAUCUGAAUCAACUUCAGCAGCUGUGAGUCCUGUGGCUGGAUCCUCAAGACAGAGUUCAGAAAAUGUCUUUGGAGGAAGGAGACGGCACAGGACGAGAAGCAUAGCCUCUUACUCAAUUUGUAUUCCUGACAUUCCUGAUAGUAAUUCUGAUGUGGAGUCCAUUUACAGCUAUCAAGGCUACGAGACAGCCUUUUGCCGGAACACUGAAUUUGAGGAAAGUGAGGAUGAGGCAGGGGAUGAGAGUGAGCUGUUUGAGGAGUAUGAGAUAGCAGAUGAUGAUGAUGAUGUCCAAGAACAGGAUCAUUCUGAUGAUGAUGACUCUGUGAUUGAGGAUGUUGAGGUGGCAUUGAUAGCUAUCCAUACCUUGUGUCAAGACGAUUCGGAUUUCUGGGCUGAUGAUUCAGACACAGAGGACCAGUCAACAGAUGAUGAUCCAGAGCUAGUUGCUGAACGCUGGGAUUGUCUUUCAUGUGGUCUCAGAAACAAGCCGUUUGUGCGGUAUUGUGGGAAGUGCUGGCAGAUAAGGAAGAACUGGUUACCAGACAGACCAAAAAAACGUAGGAGGAAAAGGAAGCCAAGACCAAGAAAGAGGUCUAGGUUACGCUCAGAUUCAGUUAAGUCCGAGGAUGCAAACUUUCUUCAAAGCAAAGAGACAGAUGAAAAACAGUCAACUACAUCUCCCUCUUUCAUAAGUGAUAGUAGUCAAGAGGUUCAGGAUUUUGGAGUUUUAACUAAAACACUUUCAACAGCCUCCACUAUCUCAGUUAGUGCAUCACCUGUAAGGAGUCUUUCCCUAGAUAUUCAUAGUUCACAGGAUUCUGGCGUCUGUCUUUCUCAAGAUAGUUUCUUAGACUUCAGUCCAGAAUCCAUUAUGGAAGACAAUAAAAAUAUAGAUAAGCAGACUGACACAGAAGUUGAAGAGACAAGUCAGUCAGGCUCUGCAGAAGAGCAGCCAAACACCAGUGAAAUCUUGAACACAACAUCAGCUUCAGUCUUGAAAGCAAAAGAAAGUAAAGAGGACUCACAAAGUCGAAAGCGAAAGUCUUUGCCUGCAGAAGAGGAAGAAGGUAAAUCUUCCAAGAGAGCUAAACUAGAGUCUUCAAGUGAAGAAGAGAGUGAAGAAGGAGAUGUGGAGGAGCAAGCAAAAAGCUUCUACCAAUUCUUGCAAUCUAGUUCUGGGAAGGAAUGGUUGAAAUCACCAGACAGUAAACCAUUCCUUUCAUCAGCACCUGUAAAGGAAGUCUUGAUGGAGGCUAUAGUGGCAAAUAUGGGUAGUGGGUCAAGUACGGAUGUCCAUGAACCACCAUCUGGACUGUCUAUCAUGUGUUCAGUCUGUUUUCUGAGACCAAAAAAUGCAUCAAUUAUCCAUGGCCGCCUUUCUCAUCAGGCCACAUGCUACCAGUGUGCCAGACGACUACUAAACAGUGGUUCAAGAUGCCCAAUAUGUAAACGAAAAAUUCACAUGGUUUGCAAAAACAUUAUUGCAUAGAAGGAAAUCAUACAAGAUUUUUAAGAUACCAGUGUUUAUUUUAUUUAUUAUUAAUUAUUAUUUUCUUUUGUAUGAAUCUUUUAGGGUUCUGAAAUGGGAGUAUAUUACAUACAUAGUAUAUCUAUAUAUAUUUGGAUAUAUAGAUAUAGAUAUAAAUAUAUAUACUAGUCAGUGUGUGUGUGUGUGUGUGUUUGCGUGCGUGCGUGUGUUUGUG